AUGGGGAUCGUGAGGACGGGUGAGAGAGAGGACAGGGGAUCGGUGAGGACGGGGGAAGUAGAGGACAGGGGGAGCGGUUGUUUGAGACUGGUGAGAGAGAUGGACAGGGGGAGCGGUGAGGCGGUGGAGAGAGAGGACAGGGGGAGCGUGAGGACGGGGAGAGAGAGGACAGGGGGGCGGUGAGGACUGGUGAGAGAGAGAGUGGGGGAGAGUUGAGGACAGGAGAGAGGAGGUGGGGGAGUGUUGAGGAUGUGGGAAUGGUAGAGGGGAGAGGAGGCGUGGUGGCAGAGGAGAUUGAGUUUAGGCGUGAAGAGAGGAUGGGGAAGAGGGCAAAUCUGGUGGCGUCUUGCAUUGCUGCUCAGAUGUGUGAUAGGGGUGAGUCUGCUCAGGGGGGAGAGGGGACGAGGGGUAGUGUUUGUGUGUCACUGGUCUCCCCCAUUGUUGCUUGGCGGCAGAAGGAGAAGUAUUAUAGUGGUAGUGCAGCUCACAGGAAGCUGGCCCUCUCACGCGCUCUCUCACUCCAACACUGCCACUUCCUGUUGCACAGGGCCGAGACGGGGCUGAGACGGGGCCUAGUGAGGUUCAGAAAGAAAGAGAGGGAAGGGGGAGAACGAGUGAAAAAGAAAAAAAGUAUUGGGGAGGCGCUUUAGUAUCGGUCUGACAUAGUUCCCUGUCUUUCUUUUAUCCUUCUACUGGCCUUGUCAUUCUCUCUCUCUCUCUCUCUCUCUGUCUCUCUCACUCACUCACUCACUAACUAGGCAGGCCCAGAAAGUAAUCCAGGAGUGAGACUAUGUUAGUGGAAAUUGAUCGACAGAUAACAUAAUCACUUUACUUAGUUACUGAGAGCUCCUUAAAACCUCUGACGUUCAUCCUCUCCUAUUUCUCCCCCUCGCUCCUUCAAUCCCUCUCUGUUUCUCUCUCUCUGGUUCCUGCUUUGUUUCCGUUUGCUCUAGUACUGUGUCCUCCAAUGGGCUUCUCCAUUGUGUGUGUGCUUGCGUCCUGUUCAUGUGUGCACAACUUUUACGUAACCACGGAAGAGAGAGCAAUUAAAAAAUGGUGGCCUGGCGUGGAAGGAGCAAAGGAAAUAAACGUUUUCUUUCUUAUGACUCCACCGACAACGGUCAGAUUUUUAAAAAGCAGUUUGAUUUGGAACCCGACGAGAGAGUACUCUCCUUUUAUUUUACAGACAAAUAGUUUGUUUAUAUAGACAUAAUGCCAUAACUGUCUGACUCAGGGUUCAUAUGCAACACAAUAUGGUCGGAUAGAUUUUUCAUUUUCUGUGACCAAAAUAAUUCAACUUUUACAAGCCAUGCAGCUCUGUGCCCCAGUGGGGGGAAUAUUUGGCCUAAAGCCGGGUAUUUUGGGCCCAGGCAGAUUUAAUGUUGAAAGUGUUUUUCUAACGACCCUGCAUUGCAUGACUGCAGUUAUGAGAGCUGACAUCCAAAGAUAAAUUAAAUUGGAACUGAACUAAGCCACUCCAAUACAUCUUUCUCAGAAUUCUGCAUUGGAGUUGUAGGCCCAAAUGGCACCCUAUUCCCAUAGGGCUCUGGUCAAAAAUAGUGCACUAUAUAGGAUGUCAUUUAGGACGUAGACUAUAUGUGGUUAGAUGGGUGAGAUUGUAAAGUGCCAGGAACCUCCAGCACCACCCCCCUCUCGCCUUGUGAUCCAGCCCAGUGGAGAGCUCCCUUGGCAGGCUGUGAAAACAGGCCUGUGUGCCCUCUGUUCCACAGAGCUCCAUGGCAACUGCAACUCAUCAGAGGGUAGCUCCCUGGUCCCACACUGCUGCAGUACAACCCCUCCUCACCCUGUCCUGCCCUGAGCUUAUGGACUGGACUACCGCCUGGCCCGCCUCCACACACAUCACUGGCUUGGGGCCACUGGACAGACGGCAGCAUGAUCAUAAUGAACAGCCAGACUCCGUGUCUUUCAGACAGGGUGAACAGAACACACACACACACACUGCAUCUAGUCUCCCUCGGUACCUGAUUUACUCACAUCUAUUGCUCACAAUUGUUUCCAGCACACAGGCUCAAUUCUGAUUGACUGAGAGCGUGCUGCUUGCACCAGUAACCAUGUUUACUGAAUGCUAAGUCCUAACUCUAAACCUGCAGGUGACAUGAAGGUGCUAACAUGGAAUGGUCCAUUUCUAGCACACUGUGUUUCCACAUGCAUAGUGCAAUGUGGCGUGGGUGGAUGUGUGAGUGUGUGUGUGUGCAUGAAAAUGUAUAUAUGUGUUUUUGUGUCUGAGCAUCUGUGUGUGUGAGUGUAUGUGAUCGUGUGUGUAAGAGCACAAACUUUGUGUGUGUUGUGAUGUUUGCUGUCUGACCCCUGACCCUUCUGUUCCUCCGCAGAACAGAAUCAGUACUGUACUGAUGAAAAUGUAAUCCACUUGAGACCAGAAUAGAUAUAAUGUUAUUACUGUAUGCCUGAGAGAGCAGAGCACUGCACGGUUCUCCUCUCCAGCAAGAAGGCCUGAGAUAAACACACACUGUAGUCUUCAAGUACAGAGACAAGACCUGGUAAAGACAUUAUCCACCUCUCUCUCUCCCUCUUUUCCUCUCUUUCUUUCUCUCCGUCGCUCUCUCGCUCUCGCUCUCGCUCUCUCUCUCUCUCGCUCUCUCUCUCAAUUUAAGGGCUUUAUUGGCAUGGGAAACGUAUGUUAACAUUGCCAAAGCAAGUGAAGUAGAUAGUAAACAAAAGUGAAAUAAACAAUAAAUAUUAACAGUAAACAUUACACUCAGAAGUUCCAAAGGAAUAAAGACAUUUCAAAUGUCAUAUUAUGUCUAUAUACAGUGUUGUAACAAUGUGCAAAUAGUUAAAGUACAAAUGGGAAAAUAAAUAAACAUAAAUAUGGGUUGUAUUUACAAUGGUGUUUGUUCUUCACUGGUUGCCCUUUUCUUGUGGCAACAGGUCACAAAUCUUGCUGCUGUGAUGGCACACUGUGGUUUUUCACCCAGUAGAUAAGGGAGUUUAUCAAAAUUGAGUUUGUUUUGGAAUUCUUUGUGGAUCUCUGUAAUCUGAGGGAAAUAUGUGUAUCUAAUAUGGUCAUACAUUUGGCAGGAGGUUAGGAAGUGCAGCUCAGUUUCCACCUCAUUUUGUGGGCAGUGUGCACAUAGCCUGUAUUCUCUUGAGAGCCAGGUCUGCCUACGGCGGCCUUUCUCAAUAGCAAGGCUAUACUCACUGAGUCUGUACAUAAUCAAAGCUUUCCUUAAGUUUGGGUCAGUCACAGUGGUCAGGUAUUCUGCCACUGUGUACUCUCUGUUUAGGGCCAAAUAGCAUUUUAGUUUGCUCAGAUUUUUUGUUAAUUCUUUCCAAUGUGUCAAGUAAUUCUCUUUUUGUUUUCUCAUGAUUUGGCUGGGUCUAAUUGUGUUGUUGUCCUGGGGCUCUGUGGGGUCUGUUUGUGUUUGUGAACAGAGCCCCAGGACCAGCUUACUCCAAGUUCAUCUCUCUGUAGGUGAUGGCUUUGUUAUGGAAGAUUUGGGAAUGGCUUCCUUUCAAGUGGUUAUAGAAUUUAACGGCUCUCUUCUGGAUUUUGGUUAUUAGCGGGUAUCGGCAUAAUUCUGCUCUGCAUGAAUUAUUUGGGGUUUUUCGUUGUACACUGAGGAUCUUUUUGCAGAAUUCUGCAUGCAGAGUCUCAAUUUGGUGUUUGUCCCAUUUUGUGAAUUCUUGGUUGGUGAGCGGACCCCAGACCUCACAACCAUGAAGGGCAAUGUGUUCUAUAACUGAUUCAAGUAUUUUUAGCCAGAUCCUAAUUGGUAUGUCAAAUUUUAUGUUCCUUUUGAUGGCAUAGAAGGCCCUACUUGCCUUGUCUCUCAGAUCGUUCACAGCUUUGUGGAAGUUACCUGUGGCGCUGAUGUUUAGGCCGAGGUAUGUAUAGUUUUUGUGUGCUUUAGGGCAACGGUGUCUAGAUGGAAUUUGUAUUUGUGGUCCUGGCAACUGGACCUUUUUUGGAACACCAUUAUUUUUGUCUUACUGAGAUUUACUGUCAGGGCGCAUGUCUCUCUCUCUCUCUCUCUCUCUCUCUCUCUCUCUCUCUCAAGCUGCUUUAUUGGCAGGAAAAACAUUGUGUCAAUAUUGCCAAAACAACAAUGUAUACAAUAUACAUUGUAAUAAAAUAAUAAAGAAUAAUAAUAUAAAAUGGUAGUAAAUAAUAAUAAUAAUAAUAAUAAUAAUAAUAAUAAUAAUAAAAUAAAUAACAACAAUAAAAUGGUAACAGUAAAUAGUAGAAAUAUAAUCAAUAUAAAAGGCUAAACAUGGAAAAUUAAACUAUAACUAACUAAUAACUAAUUAACUGUCAUCCUCACCAUUACAUCAGUACUACAACUACCAUCAUCAUUACUACUACUACCACCACCACCAUCAUUAAACUGCUAUUAUUACCAUCACCCUUACUACCGUACCACUACUAUUUAGAACAAUAAUCACAAUAAUAAUAAUAAUAACAAUAAUAAUAGUAAUAACAAUAAUAGUAAUAAUAUUAAUAGUAGUAAGUUACUGCUUACUAUGCAGAUCUCUCUCUCACUCUCUCUCUCACUCUCUCUAUCACACGCUCUCUCUAUCACAGACUGCACCUUUUAAUGCUUUUAGGCCUAUUCCUUCAGUUCUCUCAUACAUACACUGCCGUUCAAAAGUUUGGGGUCACUUAGAAAUGUCCUUGUUUUCCAUGAAAACAUACAUUAAAUGAGUUUGAAUAGGAAAUAUAGCAAAAUGAAUAGGAAAUGUAGUCAUUGACAAGGUUAGAAAUAAUGAUUUUUAAUUGAAAUAAUAAUUGUGUCCUUCAAACUUUGCUUUCGUCAAAGAAUCCUCCAUUUGCAGCAAUUACAGCCUUGCAGACCUUUUGCAUUCUAGUUGUCAAUUUGUUGAGGUAAUCUGAAGAGAUUUCACCCUAUGCUUCCUGAAGCACUUCCCACAAGUUGGAUUGGCUUGAUGGGCACUUCUUACGGUCAAGCUGCUCCCACAACAGCUCAAUAGCGUUGAGAUCCGGUGACUGUGCUGGCCACUCCAUUAUAGACAGAAUACCAGCUGACUGCUUCUUCCCUAAAUAGUUAUUGCAUAGUUUAGAGCUGUGCUUUGGGUCAUUGUCCUGUUGUAGGAGGAAAUUGGUUCCAAUCAAGUGCCGUCCACAGGGUAUGGCAUGGUGUUGCAAAAUGGAGUGAUAGCCUUCCUUCUUCAAGAUCCCUUUUACCCUGUACAAAUCUCCCACUUUACCACCACCAAAGCACCCCCAGACCAUCACAUUGCCUCCACCAUGCUUGACAGAUGGCAUCAAGCACUCCUCCAGCAUCUUUUCAUUUGGUCUGCGUCUCACAAAUGUUCUUCUUUGUGAUCCGAACACCUCAAAUUUCGAUUAGUCUGUCCAUAACACUUUUUUCCAAUCUUCCUCUGGCCAGUGUCUGUUCUUUUGCCCAUCUUAAUCUUUUCUUUUUAUUGGCCAGUCUGAGAUAUGGCUUUUUCUUUGCAACUCUGCCUAGAAGGUCAUCCUGGAGUCGCCUCUUCACUGUUGACGUUGAGACUGGUGUUUUGCGGGUACUAUUUAAGGAAGCUGCCAGUUGAGGACCUGUGAGGCGUCUGUUUCUCAAACUAGACAGUCUAAUGUAUUUGUCCUCUUGCUCAGUUGUGCACCGGGGCCUCCCACUCCUCUUUCUAUUCUGGUUAGAGACAGUUUGCGCUGUUCUGUGAAGGGAGUAGUACACAGCGUUGUACAAGAUCUUCAGUUUCUUGACAAUUUCUCGCAUGGAAUAGCCUUCAUUUCUCAGAACAAGAAUAGACUGACGAGUUUCAGAAGAAAGUUAUUUGUUUCUGGCCAUUUUGAGCCUGUAAGCGAACCCACAAUUGCUGAUGCUCCAGAUACUCAACUAGUCUCAAAAAUGCUAGUUUUCAGCUGUGCUAACAUAAUUGCAAAAGGGUUUUCUAAUGAUCAAUUAGCCUUUUAAAAUGAUAAACUUGGAUUAGCAAACACAACAUGCCAUUGGUACACAGGACUGAUGGUUGCUGAUAAUGGGCCUCUGUACGCCUAUGUAGAUAUUCCAUUAAUAAGCAGCCGUUUCCAGCUUCAAUAGCCAUUUACAACAUUAACAAUGUCUACACUGUAUUUCUGAUCAAUUUUAUGUUAUUUUAAUGGACAAAAAAAUUGCUUUUCUUUUGAAAACAAGGACAUUUCUAAGUGACCCCAAACUUUUGAAAGGUAGUGUAUAUCAGUAUUCUGUCAGCCAGGCCACGUGGUUCGGUGAGGUUCACCACAGCCAGCAGGUCUGUCAGUGUCAGAGAGAGGCUGGUGGAGUAAAAAAGCUAGCUGUGACAGGUCUUGGGUAAUCAUCAUGUCUCUUUCUCGCUCUCUCUCGCUCUCUCUUUCCCUUUUUCUCUUUCUCUCUCUCUCUUCCCUUCUCUCUCUCUCUCUUUCCCUCAUCUUGGAGAGGGUACAGAUAUUUCUAAUUGUUUCUAAUCUUGGUAAAGACACCAUGGCUUUAGUUUUUGUAGUUUUCAUCAAUUUAAAUCUGAUCAAAAAACCUAUUUAUGCUCAUGUUCAUUCAAUAUUAGGGAUAUCAACACACUAUCCCCAUGUGUUUCAAUGCAAACCAGGCUUAAUAGGAGCAUACUGGGGCUUAUUGGAACAACAGUCAUUUAUGGUGAAGAACACAGAAUAGCAAAGUCUACUCAUAAAAUAUUUGGAAACCAAUUGUUUUGAGUACAAAUAUAUACACAAUCGACUACAAUAUUAUGCAAAGUUAGUAUUGAUCAUAUUGAACAACAUUGCUUUAUUGCCAUUUACGUUCUGUACCGAGGCAGUGCUUUUUAUGCUACUGUACCCUUUAAGCCCACCUGAGAUAAAUGUACAAUUUACUAAAAUGUAAUCUGUAUAACAAUGCAAGUUUAAUUUAACAGUAGAAUUAGACAAAAUGCAUUUAAAAAUGUAAGUUGUGAAUGCCUGAAAUCUAUUAUCAUGUUGUAGUUCAUCCAGUUAUGUUGCGACUGUGUGACUGUGACAUGCAGGCAGGACUGUUAGCAUAAAAAACCAGUUUCAAUUGGCAAGAAAAACAUGAAUGCCCAUGAAAUAUGCUAUCAUGUGCAUAUCAGUAAAUUAAUCUCUUAAAGUAACCCAGAAAGUAUGAUCACUUAUCUGAGACGGUACAAAAAAUAUGGGAAAAAUGUGUUUUUCUGAGGGUCGCCUCAAUACAAGUCCAGCAGACACACAACUCACAGCAUGAAACUACCAGGACCAGCAGACACACUGCUCACAGCAUGAAACUACCAGGACCAGCAGACACACUGCUCACAGCAUGAAACUACCAGGACCAGCAGACACACCACUCACAGCAUGAAACUACCAGGACCAGCAGACACACCGCUCACAGCAUGAAACUACCAGGACCAGCAGACACACCGCUCACAGCAUGAAACUACCAGGACCAGCAGACACACAGCUCACAGCAUGAAACUACCAGGACCAGCAGACACACAGCUCACAGCAUGAAACUACCAGGACCAGCAGACACACCGCUCACAGCAUGAAACUACCAGGACCAGCAGACACACCGCUCACAGCAUGAAACUACCAGGACCAGCAGACACACUGCUCACAGCAUGAAACUACCAGGACCAGCAGACACACUGCUCACAGCAUGAAACUACCAGGACCAGUAGACACACCGCUCACAGCAUGAAACUACCCAGAACUACUAGGACCAGCAGACACACUGCUCACAGCAUGAAACUACCCAGAACUACUAGGACCAGCAGACACACUGCUCACAGCAUGAAACUACCCAGAACUACUAGGACCAGCAGACACACCGCUCACAGCAUGAAACUACCAGGACCAGCACACACAUGUCGCUCACAGCAUGAAACUACCAGGACCAGCAGACACACUGCUCACAGCAUGAAACUACCAGGACCAGCAGACACACUGCUCACAGCAUGAAACUACCAGGACCAGUAGACACACCGCUCACAGCAUGAAACUACCCAGAACUACUAGGACCAGCAGACACACUGCUCACAGCAUGAAACUACCCAGAACUACUAGGACCAGCAGACACACUGCUCACAGCAUGAAACUACCCAGAACUACUAGGACCAGCAGACACACCGCUCACAGCAUGAAACUACCAGGACCAGCACACACAUGUCGCUCACAGCAUGAAACUACCAGGACCAGCAGACACACUGCUCACAGCAUGAAACUUCCCAUAACUACCAGGACCAGCAGACACACUGCUCACAGCAUGAAACUACCAGGACCAGCAGACACACUGCUCACAGCAUGAAACUACCAGGACCAGCAGACACACCGCUCACAGCAUGAAGCCAAACCACAAAUCAUAAAUGGCGAAACGCAAAACAUACAAUAGUCCCAUCCCCACCCUAACCCCUGAUUUGGAGGACCUCAAACAUUUCUACUGUACAUUUGUGUAUAUACGUAACUAUUCCAACACUCAUCAAUUCCACCCUUCAGACAGCCACAUAUCAACCCAUCUUUCCCAGUAAAGCAUCAUUCUACCAUGUUCUCUUGCCAAUCAUCCCUCCAGUCUCACUAGGGACUUGAACCUCCCCAUCUGCAACAUUUCUGCCCAAAUUGCCCCCAAAAUUAACAUUUUACCCAAGAGCACAAUAUUUCCUAUUGACUGACUUCAAAUCCCCAACAAUACAGUUUGCAGGUCCAACUGCACCCUGAUAUUAUGGCAUAACAACCAUUCCUGGACCUGACUCCAAAAACAAGCCCCCGAUGGACAGUACCAAAAGAGAUGCUCUAUUGAUUCUGUUUCCGCAUGACAAAGUCUAGGUACGCUUACCCUAACGCUUGAGGUGGGGCGUUGCUAUUCAGAUACAAAAGGGCUUGGUAGGUGGACUUAAAACUUCAACUUGGCUGGAGCCAUGGCUGGACCACAAGGCCCACACCCAACCACUCCACCACCCAAACCCAUUCCCACUACAACACCCAACCACUCCACCACCCAAACCCAUUCCCACUACAACACCCACACCCACACCCAACCACUCCAACACCCACACCCACUACAACACCAGAUGACCACGACAGUAGUCACUGUAGCUGUUGAGUUUGUAGGCCACAGCUAGGGUAGCGUGUUCUUUUUAUAAAGAGGGAAAAAGAGGGGGAGGCUGAAGUUUCACACGAUCCCCCAAAACCCGGCUACCGCACGCCCACGUUGCUUUAUCUCAGUUUGAGAAGAGGGGGAGGGAUGUAGAGGAGAGGGGGGAGGGAUGGAGAGGGAGAGGGAUGGGGGGGGGGAUGGAGAGAGGGAGGGGGAUGGGGGGAGGUAGGGGGAGGGAUGGAUGGAGAGAGGGGGGGGGGGGAGAUUGGCUCUUAUAGUUGAGAACUACAGUGAAGUAGCAUCCUCUCUGUUCCCAGCAUCCUCUCUGUUCCCAGCAUCCUCUGUUACCAGCAUCCUCUCUGUUACCAGCAUCCUCUCUGUUACUAGGCCGCUCCUUCAAGUGCAGCCUCAGCAGCAGUGCAUGUCAUGGAAAAAUGGCCGCUAAUUAUUAGACCAUUUGCUUCAAUGUCUUUUAUUUUGAUUAAUGUCACUAGUAAUUACAUCUUGAGAAGCUUCCAUCAACACCCUCUUAAGCUUAGUUCCUAAUUAGGGUGUGUGUGUGGUGUUUCUAGCGAGUGUGUAGUGUCUAUGUAUGAGUGUGCACGCUUGCAGAAACUACUUUUUAUCCCUUGAGCUAAUGUGCUGAAGCAGCAUCUCAUUACUGUUCUGUCCCUGAGGAAUAUGUGGCCUGCUAGAGUGGAGCUGAACGACACACUGUCACUGUAAUUAAUACUGGGGCAGCUGGGCCUCAGAGCGGGGCUGGGCCUCAGAGCGGGGCUGGGCCUCAGAGCGGGGCUGGGCCUCAGAGCGGGGCUGGGCCUCAGAGCGGGGCUGGGCCUCAGAGCGGGGCUGGAAGCUGGAGGGCAGAGUUGAAUUAAGGGCCUCAGCUUGGAGAUCAAGGGUGCUGUCGUGAGAGUUUGGAAGUUCCCAAUGAAGCCAGAGAUGGAGCUGUGUGAGAAGCUCCAUAGGAAGCACUAAGGGGCGAGGUAGCGUCGUGGAGCUGCACGAGGGGGACUAGGGCAUUCCUAAACUGUUAGCUACUGGAUAGUGUCUAGGUGGGCUGGUCUCUGCAGGGCUAUUAGGGGGGCCGGAGAGGGUCGUGGGUAGUCAAAUAGGAUCUCUUCAAGAUCCUUAACCUCAUGGGUGGGCGCCGAUACGAUCUCUGGGAGGCGUUCUUAUGACACUGAAAUAUGACUGGAUUGUACAACGUCCCUCUAACGUUUCUCUUGACCAUCAAUCACUGAUGCUAUCCCACACUAUACACACCCCCCCCCCCCCCCCCCCUAACGGAUGUGUCCCAAACGGUACCCUAUUCCCUUUAGAGGACUCUGGUCAAAAGUAGUGCACUAUAAAGGGAAAUAGGGUGCCAUUUGGGAUGCCUCCUCCUUUUACUCCUCCACUACAUGGCUCUCUAUAGGAGGUAGACAGAAAAACACAGAAGUCAUAUUAAAGCAGACAUCGUCAUAAUAACAAUUUCUCUCUUGUUGUUUUUUUCUCCCUGCAGAGAUUACGAAGAUUAUCGACCAAAUACAGGACAGAGAAGAUCUACCCCACCAUCGUUGGGGAAAAGGAAGAGAAUGUGAAAAAGAACCGCUAUAAAGACAUCCUGCCGUGUAUGUAAUCGUGUGUGUGUGUGGCCUCUCUAAUGGCUUUUAGAGCCAGGGGGAUAGAUGGAUAUUACUGGAGAGAAUCCCAUUAAUGCUACAGGCCUGAGGGCAGAGAGAGCAGGGCUCUGAGUGGACUGGAAAAAUCAACUCUGGCCACAGCCCCUCACAACACACACACACACACACACACACACACACACAUCCUCUUGGCCUUUCUACCCGACAACAUAGCAUCCACACACACACCACACACACACACACACACACACACACAUCUUCUCUGCCCCACCCCCCUCUUCUCUACUAGAACAACAUGGCAUCAUGGAGGCCAUCUUACAGGAUACUAACAUCUGUCAUCUGAAGCCCCUCUGCCUCUUAAUUCAGAACAUCAUACCUCCAAUGAUGGGAUGGAUGGAGGCUACAGAUGGAACAGUUAAAUAUAGAGGGUUUAUACGGUAUUAUUGUUAUACAAUGCUGGAAACAUUUUACAUGAUUUAUUUGUUCUGUUUACCAGCCACAUCCUUUCAAUCUUUAUUCCCUCUAAUCUGUCGCUCUUUCUCUCUCACUCACUUUCUCUCUCACUCACUUUCUCUCUCACUCACUUUCUCUCUCUCUCUCUCUCUCUCUCUCUCUCUCUCUCUCUCUCUCCUCUCUCUCUCCUCUCUCUCUCUCUUUCUUUCUCAUUCUCUCUCUUUCUUUCUCUCUCUCCUAUCACUCUCUGUUCUCUCUCUCUCUCUCUCUCUAACACGUAUCCUCUUCUCUCCCACAGUUGACCACACGAGGGUAAAGCUGACUUUAAAAACAACCAAUCAGGAUGCAGAUUACAUCAAUGCCAGCUUCAUCAAGGUACAGUUGGCUUUCUACACACCUCAGACCCGUGACUGCAUGGUGUGUGUGACCUCACCCAUCUGCCAUCCCACGGCUUACACAGCCUUUUUCCGCUCAGUUGUGUGUGUGUGUGUGUGUGUGUGUGUGUGUGUGUGUGUGUGUGUGUGUGUGUGUGUGUGUGUGUGUGUGUGUGUGUGUGUGUGUGUGUGUGUGUGUGUGUGUGUGUGUGUGUGUGUGUGUGUGUGUGUGUGUGGGAGGGACGGAAGCGGAUGUGCGGAGAUAAGCUUACAGGUCCACAAACAUGGCAGCAGCACGUCUUCAGUUUCACCCUGAUUGUCUGUCCAGUCAGCGGUCAACACUUUAAAUAGACCAGAAGGAAUGAUGAGGGAUAGAGAAUGUUAACACGUAGCUAUUGGACACCUAGUCCACAACAUGUUGUUUUGUUUAGUAGCUAGAGGCGACAGAGGGUCUUCCAGGUGAUAGUCAUGUGGAGUGUAGCAAAGCAACCUGCACACUGUGUGGAAGCUAAUGACUCUCAGCUGGGUCACACAAGGUGAUCAAUUACACCCUACCAACAGGCUGGCCUGACUAAACGUGUCUGAGUGUGUUUUCCUUCUUCCUCCUCUCCCUCCUCCACUUCCUCCCUCCUCCUCUCCCUCCGUCCCUCCUCCUCCUCCAUCCUCCUCUUCCCCCCUCCUCCUCCACCUCCUCUUCCUCACUCCUCCUCUUCCUCCCUCCUCCUCCUCUCCCUCUCCUCCUCUGCUUGUCCUCUCACUAAACUAACUGUGUGUUAGUUCAUCCAUCCCUCUAAUAUGAGUUGUGUUGUGUUACCAGGGAAUGGAUGGUCCAGAGGCUUACAUCGCUACCCAGGGUCCUCUACCCAACACUGUCAUGGACUUCUGGAGAAUGAUCUGGGAGUACAAUGUAGCCGUGAGUCACUCACACACUGUUUCUGACACGGCUCUUUGAGACUGUAAUUCCUAGGAAGUACUGUUUGUUUUGGGUGUUAAUGUGUUUAUAAUAGCAUAUCCUGUGUGUCAGGUUUAUUAGCAUGGGAUGGUACAGAAUACACUUAUUGGAAUGUAAAUGUUUUCUAGCGUGAUGUAAAUUGAAAACCUUUCCGUUUCCGAUGUUGCAGGUCAUCGUAAUGGCAUGUCGAGAAUUCGAGAUGGGAAGGGUAAGUGGUUUGAUCCUUAAGACAUCAUCCGUAUGGUAUUAUGCUAUAGUAAUAUGAAAGAAACCACUUUCACUAUUGAUUUCACACGAAGAGCCCUUCAGUGUGUAGAGUAAGAUAUUUAUGUUGAUAAUGCUGAAGUGUUUUCAUAUUUCCCUCUUUCAUAUGUUUGAUAGAGAUAGAGAGAGUUUCAUAUGUUAUUUUGUGGAGAAUGUGGUUCAGGUUUUGAAACUGACAGAAAGCCUCUGAAAUGCUAACGUGUAUUUUUCCUAUUUUCCUUUUAGAAAAAGUGUGAGCGGUACUUUCCCCUGUUUGGCGAUGAGCCCAUGUCUUUUGGCCCAUUCAGAAUCUCCUGUGUAAGACACACACACACACACACACACACACACACACACACACACACACACACACACACACACACACACACACACACCUCCAUUCUAUUUACUGAGCUAAAGCUACCUCAUCCUCCAGCUAUGCAGAGCCUCAUAUUAAAGGGAAGAGCUAUUUUAAAGUGCCCUCUUUAGCUACAGUGCUCUACAGUGAUGGACCUGUUCUCCAGAGACGGUGGAGCUCCAUGCUCUGGGGUUAGUGUGCUGUCCAGUAUGGAAGGGCUAAGUGGGAACUACAGUGGCUGUGUUAUUACAUAUGGAGUAUGCAGUAUUCAUGUGAAGGGAGUGCAUACAUUUGAUACACACACACACACACACACACACACACACACACACACACACACAGAGCCCAGUAAGCUGUCCUCAGUGUAACAGGCAAACAGAGGGCCAGACAGGACUGUAUAUAAAGAGGCAGACCGUGGCCUUUGACCAACUGAAGGCACUCAGUGUUCUCUGUGUCCCAAGCCAAUACACACAGUCAGAAGUAGCUGCUGUAGAAAGGCUCAUUGUAACAAGUAGAGUAGGGACUUAGUCUGUUGUUAUUCAACAAUAAAACAUUUCAACUGAUCACAUGUUUUCUGAAGCGUUGCUUUUUGAAACUGAUGAGGCCUAUAAUAUUGUACACCGUACAGUUAGGCUCAUUCCUCUAUUUCUGCUGGCAGGAAUCAGAACAGCCUAGAACCGACUAUUUCAUCAGGACCCUGACAGUGGAGCAUGAAAAUGUGAGUAGUUCUCUUCUCUUCCCCACAGACAGAUAGACAAUAGGCUUUCAGUUUCAUCAUGCACAAGACAUCAAUCUGCUCUUUCUGGAAACCAUAUCCUCUUUCUCCCCCUUUCUCUCUCUCUCCCUUCCUCUUUCUAUCACUUCUCACUUCUGUCUCUCUUUCACUCUCUCUCUCUCCUCUCUCCCUCUCCACCAUCCCUCCCUCUCUCUCUCGCUCCCUCCUCCCUCUCCCUUCCCUCCUCCCCCUCUCUCCCCCCUCCCUCCCUACAGGAGACAAGGAGGAUAACCCAGUUCCAUUACAUCAACUGGCCAGACCAUGACGUCCCCUCAUCCUUUGACUCCAUCUUGGAUAUGAUUGGUCUGAUGAGAGAGUACCAGGAGCAUGAUGACGUACCCAUCUGUAUACACUGCAGGUACACACACACACACACACACACACACAUCCCAGGCCCAGGCCCAGCUGCGGAGGUCUGUGGGGGUCGCUCUCCAAACGACCAGCUCAGCUCUUUGAUUUCUGCUCCUCCAUUAAUGAACGUCAACGAGUCCCUUCAGGCCCCUCAUUAUCAGCAUCAUAAGGCUGAUUGGAGCCACAUGUCUGUCCCUCUGUUCCUCUCUACUGGCCCUGGGGAUUCACUGCUCACUACCGUGGGAGAAUGGAGGGGAGCCGGAGACGGGGAUGUUGGGGGCCGGGGGGGGGGGCUUAAGGAUGUUUUUUUCAUAGGCUGUUAAGUGUGUGAACAUAUAACGUAGCUUAGAAUAUACACACUGUGAAUGUUAGCUCCUGGUGUAAAGCCACCAAGCCUAAUGGAAGCUGUGAGAUGUAGUCUGUGUCUCUAGGCUGUUUCUUUCUGAUUGUUGUUGUUUGUUGACAGUGCUGGCUGUGGGAGGACAGGAGCCAUCUGUGCUAUAGACUACACGUGGAACCUACUAAAGGCUGGGGUACGUACAGUAUGAAACGCACACACACACACACACACUCAACGUAUUGCCUUUGCUGUUUCCAGGAGCAUAGAUAGACCACUGAGUGUAUUGUUCUUGUUGGUUUGUAGAAGAUUCCAGAAGACUUCAACGUGUUCCGGCUGAUUCAGGAGAUGAGAACACAGAGGCAUUCUGCUGUUCAGACCAAGGUAAUGUGACAUUCUGCUGUUCAGACCAAGGUAAUGUGACAUUCUGCUGUUCAGACCAAGGUAAUGUGACAUUCUGCUGUUCAGACCAAGGUAAUGUGACAUUCUGCUGGUCAGACCAAGGUAAUGUGACAUUCUGCUGUUCAGACCAAGGUAAUGUGACAUUCUGCUGUUCAGACCAAGGUAAUGUGACAUUCUGCUGGUCAGACCAAGGUAAUGUGACAUUCUGCUGUUCAGACCAAGGUAAUGUGACAUUCUGCUGUUCAGACCAAGGUAAUGUGGCAUUCUGCUGUUCAGACCAAGGUAAUGUGACAUUCUGCUGUUCAGACCAAGGUAAUGUGACAUUCUGCUGUUCAGACCAAGGUAAUGUGACAUUCUGCUGUUCAGACCAAGGUAAUGUGACAUUCUGCUGUUCAGACCAAGGUAUGUGACAUUCUGCUGUUCAGACCAAGGUAAUGUAGACAUUCUGCUGGUCAGACCAAGGAUAGGUGGCAUUCUGCUGUUCAGACCAAGGUAAUGUGACAUUCUGCUGUUCAGACCAAGGUAAUGUGGCAAUCUGCUGUUCAGACCAAGGUAAUGUGACAUUCUGCUGUUCAGACCAAGGUAAUGUGCCUGUGAUCAAAAUGACCACUGAAGUCUUUGUCUACAGUGUGUCAAUCUGCAUUUGGCUGUGUCUGGGUCUCAUGGUUUUAAUAUGAAUACGAGUGCUGUCUCCAUAGUGUUUGUGUGUUGCUGUAGAGUCCUAGCCGGUAUUCGGUAGAAGGGAAACAUGGUUUUAAUAUGAAUACGAGUGCUGUCUCCAUAGUGUUGUGUGCUGCUGUAGAGUCCUAGCCGGUAUUGGGUAGAAGGGAAACAUGGUUUUAAUAUGAAUACGAGUGCUGUCUCCAUAGUGUUGUGUGCUGCUGUAGAGUCCUAGCCGGUAUUCGGUAGAAGGGAAACAUGGUUUUAAUAUGAAUACGAGUGCUGUCUCCAUAGUGUUGUGUGCUGCUGUAGAGUCCUAGCCGGUAUUCGGUAGAAGGGAAAACAACCUGUGCUUACCACGCUGGCUCACAGGAAAAAACGGGACAUUUUUCAAACGCAAUUUUCUUGUCUGCUUGUUUUAGUCAAAUACAGAACUACAUUGAAGGAAAGGACAAACGUGUCUAAAGAUGACUUUUCAACAUUGCCUUCUCCCGAGCGCUCUCACUACUUAGAGAAACAUAAUAUGGUAGGGCUUCCCUCAUGCCUCUCUUCAUGACAGUGCUAGCAGCCACAAUGUAGUGAGUGGAGUUACAAACGGACUGUACUAAACAAGUUAAAUGUCUUACCUGUGAUGAAAUGUUUUCCACACACAUAGAUACGUGUAGUGUACUCGGACACCGUGUCCCCACAUUUCCCACUCUCCCACGCCGAAUAGCCUGAAGCCACAGGAACUGGAGGUGGGGAUUUUUGACCUGGUUACAUGAACAACACAGCAGCUUUUUGGCAUGUUUUGCUUUCUCUUUAUAACAACACAUCUAAGUCGAAGUUGGCUCUUUUACAAUAGAGGUCAAUAGGAAGGAGUUGGUUUUCCCCAAUUUGUGGGCGUGGUCGAGGGUAAUAUCGACGGAGUAUCUGGGCCUUUUAAAAUGAAUACAAGUGUUGUGUUCACAGUGUUGUGUUCACAGUGUUGUGUUCACAGUGUUGUGUGUUGCCUCACUGUCCUCUUUCUGUCUCUCUCCCCCGUUCCCCUCCCUCCCCCAACCCUCUCUCUCUCUCUCUCUCCCCUACAGGAGCAGUAUGAGUUGGUCCACAGAGCCAUCUCUCAGCUCUUUGAGAAACAGCUGCAGCUCCUGGAGGGCCCCACCAACUCAGAGAUCCAUGGUGGCAUGGUGAGAACUACCACACACAACACUACCGCACGCAACACUACCGCACACAACACUUACCACAACGCAACCACUUCCCGCACACAAACCACUACCGCAACGCAAACACUAACCACACGCAAACACUACCACACGCAACACUACCGCACACAACCCAUAACCGCACGCACCACUACCGCACAUCGCAACAACUACCACACGCAACCACUACCGCACGGCAACACUAACCGCAACCACAUACACUACCGCACACAACACUACCCCCAAGCAAACAUCUACCACAACACCCAACCACUACCGCACGCAAACUACUACACGCAUGCAACACUACCACCACACAACAACUACCGCACGCAAACACGUACCACACACGCAACCCCUACCACACGCAACAUCUAACCGCACCACAACCACUACCGCACGCAAACACUACGCACGAAAACACUACCGCACACGCAACACUACCACACGCAACACUACCGCACGCAACACUACCGCACACAACACUACCGCACACAACACUACCACACGCAACACUACCACACACACAACACUACCGCACGCAACACUACCGCAUGCAACACUACCACACGCAACACUACCACACGCAGCACUACCGCACGCAACACUACCGCACGCAACACUACCGCACGCAACACUACCGCACGCAACACUACCACACGCAACACUACCACACGCAACACUACAGCUCCUGGCAAGCCCCAUUAACUCAGAGCCCCACGAUGCCAUGUGAGCAUUUCUUUACACACCAUUAGCCUUUUCUACAUUACCACACACCCUUACAUUACAGCACCACCACAUAUAACAUGACAUUACAGCACCACCACAUAUAACAUGACAUUACAGCACCACCACAUAUAACAUGACUUACAGCACCCACAUAUAACAUGACAUACACACCACCACAUAAACAUGACUUACAGCACCACUACAUAUAACAUGACGUUACAGCACCACCACAUAUAACAUGACUUACAGCACCACCACAUAUAACAUGACAUUACAGCACCACCACAUAUAACAUGACAUUACAGCACCACCACAUAUAACAUGACAUUACAGCACCACCACAUAUAACAUGACAUGAAAUUACAGCACCACCACAUAUCAACAUGACAUUACAUUACAGCACCACCACAUAUAACAUGACAUUACAGCACCACCACAUAUAACAUGACAUUACAGCACCACCACAUAUAACAUGACAUUACAGCACCACCACAUAUAACAUGACGUUACAGCACCACCACAUAUAACAUGACGUUACAGCACCACCACAUAUAACAUGACAUUACAAGCACCACCACAUAUAACAUGACAUUACAGCACCACCACAUAUAACAUGACAUUACAGCACCACCACAUAUAACAUGACAUUACAGCACCACCACAUAUAACAUGACAUUACAGCACCACCACAUAUAACAUGACAUUACAGCACCACCACAUAUAACAUGACAUUACAGCACACACAUAUACAUGACGUUAAGCACCACCACAUAUAACAUGACGUUACAGCACCACCACAUAUAACAUGACAUUUCUACCUCGGACAAGAACCCCAAUACCUCCCAAAUACCUGACAACUCUACCUAGAUUACAUAACCACUCUAGCUAGACAAUAUUCUGCCUCUUCCUCCCCUUGUCACAACACCCCAUCACACUCACUCCCCCACAACAGUAAGAAAUGUUUGUCUUCCUCUGAAGUGCUUCAGGUUCCAAAUUCCUCCUCAGAAACAGCACGGCUGGCCAUGUUGCCCCCCCCCCCCCCCCCACCGGACACACACACACACUCCCUCUCUCACACUCACUCACACACACACUCUCUCUCUGUCUUAAACACACUGUACUUUUUGUCUCCAGGAAAUGUUAACUCACAACAACAAAAGCUUCCAGGCUGAUUCACUGAGCAGAUGGGCUGGUCAGAAAGUUCUGUGAACACACACACACACACACACACACACACACACACACACAGAUGUGUUCGAAGAAUUUGACUGGCCUCAAGGGGUGGCAGAACUCUGUGUUGCUCUCUUCCUCUCUCUUCCUCUCUCUCUCUCUUCCUCCCUCUUCCUCUCGUCCUGCUGUCACAGCAGCCUGUAGCGCCAGAGAGAUAGAGGGAGGGAGAGAGAAAGAAGGAAUAGACUGAAGAGGUAGAGAGGUGAGGGGGGAGGGAGAGAGAAAGAAGGAAUAGACUGAAGAGGUAGAGAGGUGAGGGGGGAGGGAGAGAGAAAGAAGGAAUAGAGCGAAGAGUAGAGAGCGCUAGGGGGGGCGGGAGAGAACUGUGUUGACUCUUCCUUCCGUCUUGAGUAGGUUGCUGCGCGCGUCGCGCCUGCUGCACAGCAGCCUGGUCGCGCCAGAGAGUAAGAGGUGAGGGAGGAGAGAGAAAGAAGGAAUAGACUGAAGAGGUUACGAGAGUGUGAGGGGGGAGGGAGAGAAAGAAGGAUACUGAAGAUGGUAGAGAGGUGAGGGGGAGGGAGAGACGAAAAGAAGGAUAGCCCUGUAAGAGGUAGAGGGUGAGGGGGGGGGAGAGAAGAAGGAUAGCCUGACGAGGUGCGGAGUGAGGUUGAGGGGGCGAGAGGAAAGAAGGAAUAGACUGAAGAGGUAGAGAGGUGAGGGGGGAGGGAGAGAGAAAGAAGGAAUAGACUGUAGAGGUAGAGAGGUGAGAGGGGGGAGGAGCAUGAGAGAGAGGAAGAGAUGGAGUGAGAUUCUACCCAUUUGUUUUAAUUGGGUCCUCUCUGUCCAGUUCUGCUUCCCUACAGGACAUCUGUCUGGCAGAACACAUAGACACAUAUUUUCACUCUGGCUGGGAUUGUACUAGACUAUAAUCAGCACAGAAACAUGACUCUAACGCUCCUCUCACACCCACACCACACACACACACACACACAACACACACACACACACACACACACACACCAAGACGUGUCCGAAGCUAAAGAAAGACAGGAUGUUACUCCACUAUGGCGAACAGAGGCCAAGCGAGAGAGAGUGAAUACUAACUUAGCAAGUCACAAGAUUAGAGAGAUGGAGUUGGGAAGGGAGAGAGAGAAAAUGAAUGAAGGAGGAGAAAGGAGAGAAAUGGGAGGAUACUGCAUGGUUCUAGAUUUGUGGAGGAUGGAGGGAGGAGGGAGGGAGAGAGGAUAGAGGGAAGGGAGAGGACUCUUUCUUUCUUCUUUUUUUCUUCUCGCUUUCUCUUCCUUUUUUCUCUCUCUUUUUUUUUUUCUGCAGCGUGGCCAGGAGCUGUGGCUGACGUCCUGUUUAGGAAAACUGUGACAUCAUGCUCCUCUCGUCCCCUCUCCCUCUCCUCGCUUUCUCUCCUCCUCUCUCCCUCUUCCUCUCCUCUCCUCCUCUCUCUUCUCCUCCCCUGUUCCUCUCCCACAGCCUGAGAAUAGAGAACACACAUCUGAGAAAGAGAAUAUAUUGGAACAACACACACUAAGCAGCACACACACAGCAGCGUUCACACACACACACACACACAGACUUACUUACACACACAUUAGCGUGCACAUAAACACACUGCAGCAGCACACUCAAGUAAACACACACAGCAGCACACACAGAGGAUACCAUUAGGCUAUAUGGACUACUGUGUAUUAGGCUAUAUGGACUACUGUGUAUUAGGCUAUAUGGACUACUGUGUAUUAGGCUAUAUGGACUACUGUGUAUUAGGCUAUAUGGACUACUGUGUAUUAGGCUAUAUGGACUACUGUUGUAUUAGGCUAUAUGGACUACUGUGUAUUAGGCUAUAUGGACUACUGUGUAUUAGGCUAUAUGGACUACUGUGUAUUAGGCUAUAUGUAUUCUGUGUACUGUAAUCAUGUCUAUACAGACACAUGUAUAGUCCCACUGUUGGCUAUAUGUAGCAACUAGCUAGCAACAGAUGAACACUAACUGAGCUUUUACACAUAAAUAAUGUUUGGACACAGACUACCCAGUAUAAUCUCCCUAUUAAUGAACAGGAGCAUGGGACAAUAGCAGGAACAACACACACACUACACACUACACACUACACACACACUGGCACACAUGACCAGGGUGACCUGAGCUGACCUUACCUCAUCGUGUUCGAUAUAGAUUUCUCAGCUAGCCUCUAUUUUAAAUGGACGCUGCACACACACAUACUGUUUAAAAUGGACUGUGAGUACACAGCCAGCCCCUGGGACUAUGUAUAGGAAACCCCAGUGAUGAUAUGAACAGGACUGGAAACCAUGUUGCCUUGCUGUUAUUAGAACCAGUGCAGACAGACCCGAAUGAUAAACGGUACAUUAGCUAAAGUUCUCUUAUCUUUUUUUGAAUCCCUCUGUUUCUUCUCCUCCUCAGGACGAGGGGCUCAGCCCAGAGAGAGCUGGACCCCACUCAGACGAGGAGAGAUGGGACACACCGCCCCCCAAACCACCGCGCAUACGCAGGUACAGUACAGUACAGUGACAUCAUCAUAUAUACAGCAACACUGUACAUACACAGCCCAGUGGUUGGUGUUCUAGCCUGCGCUCUGUUUGAUGUGGAACCGCAUCAUCUCGGCCUUCUGCUGAGCUCUCUCUUUCUCAAUUCAAUUUCAAUUUAAGGGCUUUAUUGGCAUGGGAAACGUAUGUUAACAUUGCCAAAGCAAGUGAAGUAAACAAAAGUGAAAUAAACAAUAAAUAUUUACAGUAAAUAUUACACUCAGAAGUUCCAAAAGAAUAAAGACAUUUCAAAUGUCAUAUUAUGUCUAUAUACAGUGUUGGAACAAUGUGCAAAUACUUAAAGUACAAAAGGGAAAAUAAAUAAACAUAAAUAUGGGUUGUAUUUACAAUGGUGUUUGUUCUUCACUGGUUGCCCUUUUCUUGUGGCAACAGGUCACAAAUCUUGCUGCUGUGAUGGCACACUGUGGUAUUUCACCCAAUAGAUAUGGGAGUUUAUCAAGAUUGGAUUUGUUUUGGAAUUCUUUGUGGGUCUGUGUAAUCUGAGGGAAAUAUGUGUCUCUAAUAUGGUCAUACAUUUGGCUGGAGGUUAGGAAGUGCAGCUCAGUUUCCACCUCAUUUUGUUGGCAGUGUGCACAUAGCCUGUCUUCUCUUGAGAGCCAGGUCUGUCUACGACGGCCUUUCUCAAUAGCAAGGCUAUGCUCACUGAGUCUGUACAUAGUAAAACUUUCCUUAAGUUUGGGUCAGUCACAGUGGUCAGGUAUUCUGCCACUGUCUACUCUCUGUUUAGGGCCAAAUAGCAUUCUAGUUUGCUCUGUUUUUUUGUUAAUUCUUUCCAAUGUGUCAAGUAAUUCUCUUUUUGUUUUCUCAUGAUUUGGUUGGGUCUAAUUGUGUUGUUGUUGUUGUCCUGGGGCUCUGUGGGGUCUGUUUGUGUUUGUGAACAGAGCCCCAGGACCAGCUUGCUUAGGGGACUCUUCUCCAAGUUAAUCUCUCUGUAGGUGAUGGCUUUGUUAUGGAAGGUUUGGGAAUCGCUUCCUUUUAAGUGGUUAUAGAAUUGAACGGCUCUUUUCUGGAUUUUGAUAAUUAGUGGGUAUCGGCCUAAUUCUGCUCUGCAUGCAUUAUUUGGUGUUUUUCAUUGUACACUGAGGAUAUUUUUGCGGAAUUCUGCAUGCAGAGUCUCAAUUUGGUGUUUGUCCCAUUUUUGUGAAUUCUUGGUUGGUGAGCGGACCCCAGACCUCACAACCAUAAAGGGCAAUGGGUUCUAUAACUGAUUCAAGUAUUUUUUGCCAGAUCCUAAUUGGUAUGUCGAAUUUUAUGUUCCUUUUGAUGGCAUAGAAGGCCCUUCUUGCCUCGUCUCUCAGAUCGUUCACAGUUUUGUGGAAGUUACCUGUGGCGCUGAUGUUUAGGCCGAGGUAUGUAUAGUUUUUUGUGUGCUCUAGGUCAACAGUGUCUAGAUGGAAUUUGUAUUUGUGGUCCUGGCAACUGGACCUUUUUUGGAACACCAUUAUUUUUGUCUUACUGAGAUUUACUGUCAGGGCCCAGGUCUGACAGAAUCUGUGCAGAAGAUCUAGGUGCUGCUGUAGGCCCUCCUUGGUUGGUGACGAGAAGCACCUGAUCAUCAGAGACAUUUGAAUUCAGAUAAGUACCAUGAUUAUCGGCUUCUAAAGGCUCUAAGCUGGCUCUCGGCUCUAGACGUCUCUCUCGUUCCGAGUCUAGAUCUCGCUCUAUCGCUAUUCUUUCUGCUUAUCUCCAGUUUGCUUCUCUCUCUCUCAUCUCUCUCUCUCUCUCUCUCUCUCUCUCUUCUCUUCUCUCUCUCCUUCUCUCUCCUUCUCUCUUCUCUCUGUGUUAAUAUCUGUUCCAUUCUGCUGGCCAGUGUAAAGUCAAGGGUCUCUCUCCUUCAGCCAAUCAUCACUGGUUAGCCAGGUAUGUUUCUAUUCUUUUGAUUCUAAAGGAAGCCAGUCGAUAACACUAAGAACAAUGUGACAAGCUGAAUUGUUCUUCAUAUUCAGAACCAUGAAUGGAAGGCUAGGGCUAUUUAUACUGGAAUCAUCAUCAUAAUAAUUAGGUGGGUGCUUAUAUUUGUCCUAUUUCCCUGAGAGACCCUCUAUCCGUUAGGCUACCUUCCACCCUCAACAUUCCUUUGUGCAUUGUCCGCUGUGGGUGUCUAGCUUGGUGUAGGUGUGUGUGGGGGGAUGUUUUGAGUGAGUGUGUAUUUAGUGUGUGUGUUCACGAGUGUCAAGAUGUCGCUGGAAUUCCUCAGGGACUCUAUCAAGGUCCGACACGGUGAAUCAUGGUCCACGCACACAUUCUCAGUGUCACCCCAUCACCAUGUCAUCACGCCCAUAAGCCACACAUCAUCCUCCUCCCUGCUCCGCCAUUCCAGCUCAAGGUUUCCAGACCCAGAGACGUGUUCAGUGCUUUAGCUGCAGUGGGAAAGUGAAGCCACACACGGUUGGCUGCAGUACUGAGGAUGUUUACGCACGCCGAGUGUUUCUCCCUCAGUGGGAAUCCCAGGGGAAACACUGUCCUCUCGCUGUCACCCAGGAAGCUGGAUCUAUGUUUGUGUUCGCUCUAGUAGCUUGUGGAACAGGAGGAUUUCUGCUAGAAGGAAAACAGCAGCAUAGCCAGUUUUCCAUUGAUCCCACUGUUAAAGGAAACCAUUGGCCUCUGGAUAACCCAGAACAGAGCAGUAGUGUGGGACCAAGGGUGGAUGGAUGGAUGUAGGCCUAUUUAUUACCUUCAUUCAUAGCUGCUGUUAGUAGUGUUACUGGAGGCUCUUUCUGUUCUAGUCUAGGGCCUGGACUCAGUACUGGAGGCUCUUUCUGUUCUAGUCUAGGGCCUGGACUCAGUACUGGAGGCUCUUUCUGUUCUAGUCUAGGGCCUGGACUCAGUACUGGAGGCUCUUUCUGUUCUAGUCUAGGGCCUGGACUCAGUACUGGAGGAUCCUUCUGUUCUAGUCUAGGGCCCUGGACUCAGUACUGGAGGCUCUUUCUGUUCUAGUCUAGGGCCUGGACUCAGUACUGGAGGAUCCUUCUGUUCUAGUCUAGGGCCUGUAUUCAGUACUGGAGGAUCCUUCUGUUCUAGUCUAGGGCCUGUAUUCAGUACUGGAGGCUCUUUCUGUUCUAGUCUAGGGCUCUGGACUCAGUACUGGAGGCUCUUUCUGUUCUAGUCUAGGGCCCUGGACUCAGUACUGGAGGAUCUUUCUGUUCUAGUCUAGGGCCCUGGACUCAGUACUGGAGGCUCUUUCUGUUCUAGUCUAGGGCCCUGGACUCAGUACUGGAGGAUCUUUCUGUUCUAGUCUAGGGCCUGUAUUCAGUACUGGAGGCUCUUUCUGUUCUAGUCUAGGGCCCUGGACUCAGUACUGGAGGCUCUUUCUGUUCUAGUCUAGGGCUCUGGACUCAGUACUGGAGGCUCUUUCUGUUCUAGUCUAGGGCCUGGACUCAGUACUGGAGGCUCUUUCUGUUCUAGUCUAGGGCUCUGGAAUCAGUACUGGAGGCUCUUUCUGUUCUAGUCUAGGGCCUGGACUCAGUACUGGAGGAUCCUUCUGUUCUAGUCUAGGGCCUGGACUCAGUACUGGAGGAUCCUUCUGUUCUAGUCUAGGGCUCUGGACUCAGUACUGGAGGCUCUUUCUGUUCUAGUCUAGGGCCUGGACUCAGUACUGGAGGAUCCUUCUGUUCUAGUCUAGGGCCUGGACUCAGUACUGGAGGAUCCUUCUGUUCUAGUCUAGGGCCUGGACUCAGUACUGGAGGAUCCUUCUGUUCUAGUCUAGGGCCUGUAUUCAGGACUGGAGGCUCUUUCUGUUCUAGUCUAGGGCCUGGACUCAGUACGUGUGGCCAUUGCGGGAAUCAAACCCUCAAUAUUGGUAUAUUACGAGCUCUAUAAUAAUAUAUAAUAAUAUGCCAUUUAGCAGACGCUUUUAUCCAAAGCGACUUAGUCAUGCGUGCAUACAUUUUUUUUUUGUGUAUGGGUGGUCCCGGGGUUCGAACCCACUACCUUGGCGUUACAAGCGCCGUGCUCUACCAGCUGAGCUACAGAGGACCAUCUAUGGUUGCAUCAUCAGCCCCAUAUGGGCUGUUCUAUGUUCUAUUCUCUAUGUUCUGAGCUUCAGUUCUAUGAGUUCUAUGUUCUGAGCUUCAGUUCUAUGAGUUCUAUGUUCUGAGCUUGUGUUCAGAUCAAUAGACAGGAACAGCUGUGAUAUUCUGCCCCCAGAGAUCCCAUCAUGCCCUACUCACCAUCAACAUACAGGGAACUGCCCAAAUAAUGGAAACCCUUGAGUAAAUGAGGGACACAGAGUAUAUUGAAAGCAGGUGAUUCCACACAGGUGUGGUUCCUGAGUUAAUUAAGCAGUUAAUAUCCCAUCAUGCUUAGGGUCAUGUAUAAAAAUGCCCAGUUGCCCAUUAUUUUUUUAAACAUUUUAGUCAUUUUAGCAGACGCUCUUAUCCAGAGCGACUUACAGUUAGUGAGUGCAUACAUUUUCAUACUGGCCCCCCGUGGGAAACGAACCCACAACCCUGGCGUUGCAAACGCCAUGCUCUACCAACUGAGCUACAUCCCUGCCGGCCAUUCCCUCCCCUACCCUGGACGACGCUGGGCCAAUUGUGCGCCGCCCCAUGGGUCUCCCGGUCGCGGCCGGCUAUGACAGAGCCUGGAUUCGAACCAGGAUCUCUAGUGGCACAGCUAGCACUGCGCCACUUAUUUUGGCUAUCAUGGCUAGAAGAAGAGAUCUCAGUGACUUUGAAAGAGGAGUCUCAAAGGACGAUAGGGGGUUUAAAAUGUGUAUAUGGUGUGUGUGCCUGUCUGUGUGUGUGUGUGUCUCUGUGUGUGUGUGUGUGUAGACUGACUGCAGUCCUGUCUGUCUGUAGACUGACUGCAGUCCUGUCUGACUGUAGACUCUGAGAACACACUGACUGUGUGUGUGCGUGUAUGUACUGCAUAGUCAUGUGCAGGGCAUUAACCUGCGUUUGUCAUCAUGUGAUCUUUAUUUGGCACACGACCACAUCCUCACGCUGCUGAAAGUGAGUGUUCACACAUCUUUCUGAAGUUAUGAAUGUUCCAUCCCUCUGUGGUUACCAUGUCACCCACUCUAGCAGACAACCUCCGUUACCUGGAAAGAAAGGCUGGUCGACUGAUAUCUCACUCUGUUCAAUUCAGCCAGAUUAUAAUGUGUUAUGUCACAGUGGAAGAAAUAGAAGCCUAUCAUGGUAUUAGGCCUGUAUUAACUAGAUAACUGUAUUAGAGACAUUUUAUUGGAAAAAGAUCUGCUCUUAUGUAAUGUUAUGAUUUAUUUCAAUAAGAUUACCGUGGUAAAUCCAUGAAAUUAUGUACGUUUGGAGAAGUUGUUUUUGAUGUAGAAAUUAUUUUAGCUUUAUAUUCUAGUGUACAAUGAAGUCUGCCAUCUAGUGGUAGACAUUUUUACAUUUUUGCAUAAAUAUUAAGUUGGAAUUCCUAUUAACUGUAUGGAUCUUUCUCUCUAUUCUAGACUUGGUAAAGGCAUUUUUAAAUAUUCUGCCAUAAAGUAAUAAGAAUUCCUAUACAACUGUAUGCUCUCUCUCUCUCUAUCUCUCCUCUCUCUCUCCCCCUCUCGCUCUCUCUCUCCCCCCUCUCGCCUCUCUCCCCCCACCCCCUCUCUCUCUCUCUCUCCCCCCUCUCUCUCUCUCUCUCUCUCUCUCAGCAGUCAGUUGGAAGGGGACGUGAAAGAAGAGAUCCUUCAGCCCCCAGAGCCACGCCCGGUUCCUCCCAUCCUCACCCCGUCUCCCCCCUCUGCCUUCCCCACGUCACCAACGUACGGCAGGACAACGACCGCUACCACCCCAAGCCUGUCAUCCACGUCCUGGCCUCAGCACAAACAGCAGCCCCAGAACGCCCAUCAGUCCCCCGAUCUGAAGGAGAACUAUAACAAGACUUCAGAAAAGACAUCGUUGGACAGUGUCUCCCCAGGAGGCCCCCCAGCCCAGGCCCCCUCUCCCUCCUCCCCCUCCCCAGCGGACGGUUCAGUGCGUCUGGAGAGGAAGUUGAGUAUUGAGAUACAGAAGGUACCGUUACAGGAGGGUCCUAAGAGCUUCGAUGGUAACAGCAAGCUGCAUAGAUCCCAUGCCUUCAAGACCCGCUCCAACACCUCUAGUUCCUCUUUUUCUGAGGACUCAGGGGCCGACAUCAUAACGUACCAGGGUGCCUUUGGACCCCUCCCCGCCCGCCCCAACCACCUGCCCCUUACGGGGGAGAAGGUGGGUCAGGCAGGCUGGAUCAGCCCCGAGAAAGCCCCCACACCUCCAGCCCUGGUGGCUGGGUCAGAGAGCACCCCCACCUCCAAUCUGACCUCUUCCCAGCCUCUCUCCUCCACCUCCACCCCUGUCAGGACUGCUCUGAGCUUCACCAACCCUCUGCACUCAGACUUCCCUGAUGUGAUGGGAGAUGGAGGGAUCACUGGAGUAGGAGGAGGGGAGAGUUCCAGACCUUCAUGGUCCUCCAAGGCAACGGCCACGGUUACGGCGGCCCAUGGCGAACACCCGCACAGGAAGGUGUCGACCAUGUCCAUCGCCGGGCAACGGUCGCCGACGGAAACGGCAUCAAGUACGUGGUGACGUUAGGGCUUUUACUAACUAACCUACCUCCCUAACUCUCAGUUGGGAUGUGGUACUACUGACUGAAACAGACUAGGGACCAGACACAGGGAUAGAAGAUGGGCUGGGGCUGGGAGUGAGGGUCAGAGCUGGGUUUAAACACUAUUUGAAAUCAUUUCAAAUACUAUAUCUGGGCUUUAUCUGAGCUUGCCUGGGGGCAAUGGACCAAUUUGGGCCCUCAGGGUGCCAAGGGCACGACGACCACGGUUGACAGGCGGCCAUGGCCGAACACACGCACAGGCAACGGUGUAGACCAGUCCAUCAUUAACAACGGCACUGCCAGGAAACAGGAGAUACAGUCCAUGGACGUUAGGGCAUUUUAUAACUAAACAUUCCUCCCAACUACAGUUGACACUGGCUUGGUUAGACUAAUUCGACUGACACAGACUAUGGUGAACAGACUACAUGUGAAGAAGCAUGCUGGUGAGCAUGGCCAACUGAAGUGUCCAACUGGUUUAAUAAACUAUUUGUCAACUCAGUUCAGACCACUGGCUAUAUCUAGGUUAUCCAUGAGUUCGCCUGGGGCAAUGGACAAUGUUGUAGCACUUCCAGGGAGAUAUAACAACUAAGUUGUCCAACUGAAUUCAACCACUGUUUGAACCAGUGGUCUGGUUCGGUCCUAUUGUGCUGAAAUAAGAAGUUCAGUCCACUGAGUCGUCAGCCUGGGUUGAAUAUAGACUGACAGGCAGAUCUAGGGUCAGUUUGUGUUGAGCUGGAGACUACGUCCGUGGCCAAGAGGGCACUGGCAGACCACACUGUAAUGACACGCUGUCCAAGGCCAUCUAGACACACACACACAGACAGACGAGGCAUGUAGACCACAGAUCUAUAUUAACACACAGCACUGCCAGGGACAAUGGAGACUGAUCAGUCCAACUGACAGUCUCAGACCACUGGCUUGAAAUAUAGACUAAUGUUCAGUCCAACUGACAGUCUCAGACCACUGGCUUGAAAUAUAGACUAAUGUUCAGUCCAACUGACAGUCUCAGACCACUGGCUUGAAAUAUAGACUAAUGUUCAGUCCAACUGACAGUCUCAGACCACUGGCUUGAAAUAUAGACUAAUGUUCAGUCCAACUGACAGUCUCAGACCACUGGCUUGAAAUAUAGACUAAUUAUAUACACACAGACUUGCUUAUGGACUGCUUAUGUGGAGAAUGAACAUUUUAAUUAUGUCUAAAACAGAUACUGUCUGGAUACAUUGAAUAUAUUGUUAUAAAACUUGUUAAACCAUGGAACUAAUUAUGUAAUGUAACCCCCCCCCCCCAAAAGAAGUGUCAAUAAACUGAUUUUUUUUCGGAAUUUCUUCGUCCAACUCUGACCUGCUAUAGUCACUCAUUUUCUGAAGUACAGUAAAUGCGUAAUCUGCCAUUUUACCAUGGUAACCCAGUCCUAGUCCACUGUAGAAUGAGGACAAGACACACACACAUAAUGGUGUCUCACUGGAGGUCAAAUAAACAGAUCACGGCACGAUAGUGUAGCCCACACUAUCAAUGUUAUUAGAUGGUGGAUAGGCCCAUAUUACGCCUGCUCUGGCAGGCCCUGGCUUAGGGUUUAGGCUAUAGACUACAUGUCAAAGGCUCAAGUUGGAGUUACCGCAGUAUUCUGUGACAGUGAAGGGACAGAACAGGACAGGAUGCUGAGUGGGGUUAUGUAAAAAUGGUGGGGUUAUGUCUACAGGUUAAUGUGGGAGGUGGGGCGGGCUGAGUGGGAGGAAAGAGCUAAUGGUACGUCUUAGAUGGGGUUAUGUUGAGAGGGGUAAUGGUAAGUCUUAGAUGGGGUUAUGUUGAGAGGGGUAAUGGUAAGUCUUAGAUGGGGUUAUGUUGAGAGGGGUAAUGGUAAGUCUUAGAUGGGGUUAUGUUGAGAGGGGUAAUGGUAAGUCUUAGAUGGGGUUAUGUUGAGAGGGGUAAUGGUAAGUCUUAGAUGGGGUUAUGUUGAGAGGGGUAAUGGUAAGUCUUUUCAGACAGUCUGAUGCUUCUAUUGGAUGAUUUGUUGAUGAUGUGAAAUGUUCUGAAGGUGAGGAGGAGUAGACAUCUGAUGGUGUGUGGCUACAGGCUCUGCUGUUGGUUUCUUUGAGCUCAUGGCAUGUGGCGCUUUCUGACCAUCAGUGCUUGGCGGGGGAGGUGUGUGUGUGUGUGUGUGUGUGUUUGCCUGCGUGCCACCCCAUUGGAAGUGGGCCGUUAGCGGUGCUCUGGGGGCCAAAGCAUAGAUGAAUCUUACAUCUGUCCAUGGUGCAAACAGGGCUAAUGUGUUCUGCGGACCCCCAGCUGCCCCACGACUGAGCUGGUUUGCAGUGUAGGUUGCAUCCCAAAUGGCACCCUGUUCCCUAUAUAGUGCACAACUUUUGACAAAAGGGUGCCAUUUGGGACACAGACUGUAAUGUACCAGGCUGUUUCUGCUUUCCCCAAGGAGAGACGUUGCUAGGGCUCAACAGGGUGUUUCAGACAGGAGAGACGUUGCUAGGGCUCAACGGGGUGUUUCAGACAGGAGAGACGUUGCUAGGGCUCAACGGGGUGUUUCAGACAGGAGAGAUGUUGCUAGGGCUCAACAGGGUGUUUCAGACAGGAGAGAUGUUGCUAGGGAUCAACAGGGUGUUUCAGACAGGAGAGACGUUGCUAGGGCUCAACGGGGUGUUUCAGACAGGAGAGAUGUUGCUAGGGCUCAACAGGGUGUUUCAGACAGGAGAGACGUUGCUAGGGCUCAACGGGGUGUUUCAGACAGGAGAGACGUUGCUAGGGCUCAACAGGGUGUUUCAGACAGGAGAGAUGUUGCUAGGGAUCAACAGGGUGUUUCAGACAGGAGGGACGUUGCUAGGGCUCAACAGGGUUGUUUCAGACAGGAGAGAUGUUGCUAGGGAUCAACAGGGUGUUUCAGACAGGAGAGAUGUUGCUAGGGCUCAACAGGGUGUUUCAGAUAGGAGAGAUGUUGCUAGGGCUCAACAGGGUGUUUCAGACAGGAGAGACGUUGCUAGGGCUCAACAGGGUGUUUCAGAUAGGAGAGAUGUUGCUUAGGGCUUAAACAGGGUGUUUCAGACAGGAGAGACGUUGCUAGGGCUCAAUAGGGUGUUUCAGACAGGAGAGACGUUGCUAGGGCUCAACAGGGUGUUUCAGAUAGGAGAGAUGUUGCUAGGGCUUAACAGGGUGUUUCAGACAGGAGAGACGUUUCUAGGGCUCAACGGGGUGUUUCCAGACAGGAGAGACGUUGCUAGGGCUCCAACGUGGGUAUUUCAUACCAGGAGAGACGUUGGUAGGGCUCAACCGGGUUGUUUCCGACAGGAUAGAUUUUUGCUAGUGCUCAACGGGGUGUUUCCAGACAGGAGAGACGUUGCUAGGGGCUCAAUGGGGUGUUCAGACAGGAGAGAUGUUGGUCUAGGGCUCAACGGGGUGUUUCAGACAGGAGAGACGUUGCUAGGGCUCCACGGGGGUGUUUCAGACAGGAGAGACGGUGCCUAGGGCUCAAGGGGUGUUUUCAUCAGACAGGAAGAGACGUUGCUAGGGCUCAAUGGGGUUGUUUCAGAACAGGAGGAGACGUUUGCUAGGGGCUCAACGGGGUGUUUCAGACAGGAGAGACGGUUGCUACGGGCUCAACGGGGUGUUUCAGACAGGAGAGGGCCGUUGCCAGGGCUCAACGGGGUGUUUCAGACAGGAGAGACCGUUUGCCUAGGGCUCAACGGGGUGUUUCAGACAGGAGAGACGUUGCUAGGGCUCAACAGGGUAUUUCAGACUGGAGAGAUGUUGCUAGGGCUCAACGGGUAGUUUCAGACAGGAGAGAUGUUGCUAGGGUGUUUCAGGAGAGACAGACGGGGUGUUUCAGACAGGAGAGACGUUGCUAGGGCUCAACGGGGUGUUUCAGACAGGAGAGAGCGGCUCAACGGGGUGUUUCAGACGGAGAGAGAGACGUUGCUAGGGCUCACGGGUGUUCAGACAGGGAGCGUUGCUAGGCUACGGGUGUUUCAGACAGGAGAGACGUUGCUAGGGCUCAACGGGGUGUUUCAGACAGGAGAGACGUUGCUAGGGCUCAACGGGGUGUUUCAGACAGGAGAGAUGGCGUUUGCUAGGGCUCAACGGGGUGUUCGACAGGAGAGACGUGUAGGCUACGGGUGUUUAGAGAGAGAGUGUGCUAGGGCUCAACAGGGUAGUUGUCAGACUGGAGAGAUAGUUGUGCAGGGCUCAACGGUAUAUUCAGAAACGGAGAGAUGUUUGCUAGGGCUCAACGGGGUGUUUCAGACAGGAGAGGAGACUAGACACGCUAGAGGAGCCAGGCAAUAGACAGGCGCUAAAGUAGCCUGCGCCUGCACAAAUGGCUCUGCUAGCAGGUGAGUGGUGUGGAUAACUUGAAGCUAAGCACAAUCGACUACAGCUGAAUAAUGUGUUUUCACAAUGAAAAAUGUCUCCUGGACCCUUAUUCUGCUUGCGUGUUUCCCUCCGUGCCCUUGUCAGACAGAGUAGUGUCAGGCUGGGUGUGAGAGCGCGUGAGGAAGCAGACGGUGUCUGGGAGGAUAGUUGAUGUGGAAAGAUUCAUCAGGAGGGAUGGAAGGAUGGAUAUAGGGGUGAAGGGAGGAGGGGAUCCAUAUAGGAAGGGAUGGAGGAGAGUGCUGUGAGAGGUCAGGCUAGGAUGAGCUGAGGGAGUGUGCGUUAGACAGAGAACUCGCUAGUGGUCAAGCACCAGGAGAUGUUUCAGUGGGUCCUGGAAGGUGGAUCGGUGGGGGGCUGGGAUGGAUGUGUGUGUGGAGGGAGGGAGGGGGGAACAAUGCAUGUAUACCAACCAACCAUGUGCACGGGUGUAAAGUCUCCUGUAUUGCCACGCUAUGACCAACGGCCUGACCGUCACUUCACUGCCCGGAGAUGUGAUGUGUGGUUUUGAGCAAAGGCAGCUGAUGGGAAUCAAGCGAUAUCCUAAUCAUGAUCUCAAAAUCACCUGAUCUCUGAUUGUAUGAUGUCUUUGCUUGUGAUUUAAACAGCUGUGAUUUGAUGGGAAUGAUGGAAUGGUUUGGCGUUGAUUUUGGCUGUGCUUGGCUUUGUGGGCGCAUUGUCUUGGUUUGUGGUGGUUAUGGCUCUGAUCUGGGAUGAUGUAUUCUGAGCUUGUCUCUCUGGCUGCAUCUGAAAUACUUUACCUAGGACUCUGGCUAAAAGUAGUGCACUUAACCAUUAGGAAUAGGGCGCCAUUUCAGAUUUACUGUUUGUCGCUGUCGUUUGAUUGUUGAUUGGCUGCCGAUUGACCAUCGAUUUGACCUUUGACCCCUGGUAGUAACCCCUGCUGUACUCUGACCUCUGACCCAGACAGUGACCAGAGUGAAGAUUCCCCUCCCCCUCUACCUGAGAGAACCCCAGAGUCCUUCAUUUUGGCCACAGGUGUGUUUUAACGGUCCGAGACAAGGGAUCAACUGGGGAUCAACUUGAUCUCCCAGUCUUGGUCUCCUACAUCAGGAAUGGUGAGAUGUAGUAAGAUGUAUGGCAUCAUGAGACUACAGACAAGGGAGGGUCUGCAAUUUCCAACAUCCUGGAGAGCCACUGUGUUGCAGGCUUUUGUUCCAGAUUAAAAUGAUCAACUAAUCAUAGUCUCCUAUUUAGACGGUGAAAAUGUGAAUUGAGGGUUUUAUAGCUGGGCUGGAACAAAAACCUGCACCUUCUGGCAUUCUAAAGCCCUCCAGGACUGGCUCCACCCCCUGGUCUGCCUGAUGUCUUCUGCUGCAGUGUGGUGGCUUGACACAAGAGGGCGCCAUAAACAACUCUGCAGACCCUGAACAUUGAUGGGUUUGCCUUCACUUCUCAAUCAGUCAUCUCAGCUUCAGAACUCUAUUCCAGAUUAGUUUUGAUAUGACUGUUGUUGAGAGAGCACAAAAAUGAAAUUACGGGCUUUUUAAUUAACUUAUCUCUGAUUCUCGGCAGUAUAUAUCCAGUCUACAGAUGUAAGCCAGACACCAUCAUUCAAAAGCCUUCAGGUGCCCAAAACAGCUGAGACCAACUCCUUAACUCCUUAGUGUCCUUCCAACAGCACACCACUGAAACUCCUUAGUGUCCUUCCAACAGCACACCACUGAAACUCCUUAGUGUCCUUCCAACAGCACACCACUGAAACUCCUUAGUGUCCUUCCAACAGCACACCACUGAAACUCCUUAGUGUCCUUCCAACAGCACACCACUGAAACUCCUUAGUGUCCUUCCAACAGCACACCACUGAAACUCCUUAGUGUCCUUCCAACAGCACACCACUGAAACUCCUUAGUGUCCUUCCAACAGAACACCACUGAAACUCCUUAGUGUCCUUCCAACAGCACACCACUGAAACUCCUUAGUGUCCUUCCAACAGCACACCACUGAAACUCCUUAGUGUCCUAACAGCACACCACUGAAACUCCUUAGUGUCCUAACAGCACACCACUGAAACUCCUUAGUGUCCUAACAGCACACCACUGAAACUCCUUAGUGUCCUAACAGCACACCACUGAAACUCCUUAGUGUCCUUCCAACAGAACACCACUGAAACUCCUUAGUGUCCUUCCAACAGCACACCACUGAAACUCCUUAGUGUCCUAACAGCACACCACUCAAACUCGGGACGUACGUAGGGCCAGGAGGUUUUCAUCACCAUAUGACCAGACCAGGAGUACUCCAGGCCCCAGGUAUAGCCUACAAGUACAACUAGGGUCCUGAGUUUUAUAGAUCAGCUCAGAUGGUCGGAUAUCCCCAGCAACAGCAGUAGUACAUGACUGACAUUGAAACUAUGGUGAUAUCAUUAGACCCAAGGACAGAAGUUGCAGGACCACCAGAUAAUUCAUUCUAGAGAUCCUUAUAAGCAGAGUUUAACUGGGUCCAGCUCCGAGGGUAAUGGUUAUGGACAUUUCCCCAAUUAUAACUUUUCAUCAUAGCCUCCAGAUAGCUGCGCUAUUUUCACCACAGACCGCAAGGCUACUGACUGGUUCUCAAUGCAAGUUUGUUUUUGUUUGUUUGUUAACUUUGUUACACAGAUGAUAAUGCGGUGCCACAAUUACCAAGGUGGAGUUGGUUAAGGAGCCUUUUGUGCCAGGAGAGAAAUGGCAAAUAACCCUGUUUCGCUCAAUCCAGAGUCCCACCCCUCACUCUCCUCUAAUGGUUCGGCUCUAAAUCCCCCCCUUCUCCAACUGUUAUGAUUCGGCUCGGAACUAUGCCCACUUCCCAGAACCCCUUGCCUGCAGGGCAGCCUCAGCCCUGUGCAGCUGUGAAGGGAUGGAGGGAGUGAUGAAUGGAUGGAGCGAGACAGGGAUGGAGGGCAGAGUUAAUUGACUCACUGAGCUGGCAGUUAGCGUUCUCUGGAAUUAGCAGGCUCUCAUUAGUACUGGUGUGUGUUCGGGACCGUUAUCAAAUCAGAGUUUAUUAGUCACAUGCACAGGGUACAGUGAAAUUCUUAAGCUCCGAGCUCCAACAUGCAGGUCAAAGAGAAGUGAGUGAAAUAGUACUAAUACUAAUACUACUAAUAAUACUAAUAAUACUAAGUAAAAUAAUAGAAUAGAAAAAGAUCACAAGACUGCAUAUAUACAUAUUUACAACAAGUUUUACAUGUAUAACUAGUUUACAUUUACAACUAGUUUUACGUUUACAACUAGUUAACGUUUACAACUAGUUUACAUGUACAGCUAAUUUUACAUUUAAAAUUAGUUGUACAUUUACAACUAGUUGACAUGUACAACUAUGUUAUGUUUACAAUUAGUUAACAUUUACGGCUGGUUUACAACGAGUUUAACAUUUACAGCUAGUUUACAUUUACAGGUAGUUUUACAUGUACAACUAGUUUAUGUUUACAACUAGUUUAUGUUUACAACUAGUUUACGUUUACAACAAGUUUACGUUUACAACUAGUUUUACAUGUAUACCUAGUUUACAUGUACAACUAUUUUUACGUUUACAAGUAGUUAACGUUUACAACUCGUUUACAUGUACAACUAUUUUAUGUGUACAACUAGUUUAUGUUUACACUUUGUUAACAUUUACAGCUGGUUUACAACAAGUUUUACAUUUACAGCUAGUUUACAUUUACAACUAGUUUUACAUUUACAACUAGUUUACAUUUACAACUAGUUUUACAUUUACAACUAGUUUACAUGUACAACUAGUUUUACAUUUACAGCUAGUUUUACAUUUAUAACUAGUUUUAAACACACAAUGAAGACGUUGAAGGGCAGGGUGAACCAUUAAGAGCCGAGGAGACGGAACAGUCGUAAUUGGUGCUUAAAUGACCUCCAGCAUGUAAGAACAGUUACAGCUACAAUGGAAUGAAUGAGGAAGUCAGAGAGGUAAAUAAAGACGUUCUAAAAGAGAAGUCUCUUGUGGCCAGACAUACUCUUGUGUCUGCAGCCUAGAAGCCUGGCACUUGAGGCUACUCAAUAUAUAGGGCGACUGUUUCAUUGUGUUUAUGGUGUGUCUCUAUGGAAGUCUCUCUCUUGUCUUUUACUUUCUCUCUCUCUCUCUCUCUCUCCUCGCUCUCUCUCUCUCUCUCUAUGUCCAUCUCCAGACCCCUCAGAGUUAAAGGCACCAGGAUCAUCAGACUGGAGUAUUUCAGAGGACCAGUCAGGAAAAGGACCAGGUUUUCCUCAGGUGAAGACCAUUAUCACCAGCUUUAUAGAAACAACCUCUAGACCACUGUUCUCCAGUCCUGCUUCGGGGGACCCACAGGGUGUGCAGGGUUUUGUUGCCGCCCAGUACUAGCAGACCUGAUUCAACUAAUUAAGGGCUUGACGAUGCGUCGAAUGUGGUGUGUUAGUACUAGGCAGGAACAACUGCGUUAGGCUACUAUAUAUGUUCCAUUGUGAUACACCCUCCUUCUGUCUCUACAUCUCUUCACCAUCAACUCUUCCCUCUGUCUCUUUCCACAGGAGCAGAGGAGUACACAGGCACAGAUAGCAGAGAGAGGUAGGUGGCUCAUCUCUUCACGUGUUUGGGAUAAAUUAUUGGCCGCCCAUGCUGCCUCUGAUGGCACGAGGGGGGUCGAAAGUAGUGCACUAUAAAGGGAAUAGGGUGCCAUUUGGGCCCCAAGUCAGUCUCAGAUGUGGUUUUGUCCCUCCCUCUCAGAUGGGUGAUUAGGGGAGAGCAGGGGUUUGGCUUUAAAACAUCCCUCUGUUCUGCUGUUUGAUGUUCAGAUGGGUGAUUAGGGGAGAGCAGGGGUUUGGCUGUAAAACAUCCCUCUGUUCUGCUGUUUGAUGUUCGGAUGGGUGAUUAGGGGAGAGCAGGGGUUUGGCUGUAAAACAUCCCUCUGUUCUGCUGUUUGAUGUUCAGAUGGGUGAUUAGGGGAGAGCAGGGGUUUGGCUGUAAAACAUCCCUCUGUUCUGCUGUUUGAUGUUCAGAUGGGUGAUUAGGGGAGAGCAGGGGUUUGGCUGUAAAACAUCCCUCUGUUCUGCUGUUUGAUGUUCAGAUGGGUGAUUAGGGGAGAGCAGGGGUUUGGCUGUAAAACAUCCCUCUGUUCUGCUGUUUGAUGUGUAGACACAGAGACAGAGGGUAUUGUUAAUGAAUGAGGUGGAGGGAAAAGAGUGUGUUUGUAGGGUGUGGGGGGGUACAGAGGUGUCUGUGUGUGUGUGGUGUGUGUACUUGUUUUCAUACUUAUCAGGACCCCAGUGUCCUCACAAUUCACCCCAAUGUCCUGACAAGGUAGGAAAAUAAGUACUUUUUUGAAAAGUCAGGACUUUUUUAAUGUCCUGAAUUUGUUCAAAUGCUGUUCUAAGCUUAAGGGUUAGGUUUAGGGAAAAUUGGAUUUUUAAUGUUCAAACAUUUUUACUCCCCAAAAAGUUCAGAUAUUUCACGAAAAUAAAUCUGUGUGUGUGUACACCAUGAUCCAUUCCUAUUCCCCCUACACAGACUUAACACUACUGAAGAACAUGAUCCAUUCCCAGUUCCCCCUACACAGACUUAACACUACUGUAGACCAUGAUCCAUUCCCAGCGGAGAGACAAUGGGGAUGAUAUUACCAAGCUGCUUUCCCUCCCUCCUGGUCCCUGGCUAUCCCUCCCUCCUGGUCCCUGGCUAUCCCUCCCUCCUGGUCCCUGGCUAUCCCUCCCUCCUGGUCCCUGGCUAUCCCUCCCUCCUGGUCCCUGGCUAUCCCUCCUUCCUGGUCCCUGGCUAUCCCUCUCUCCUGGUCCCUGGCUAUCCCUCCCUCCUGGUCCCUGGCUGUCCUUCCCUCCUGGUCCCUGGCUGUCCUUCCCUCCUGGUCCCUGGCUGUCCCUCCCUCCUGGUCCCUGGCUGUCCCUCCCUCCUGGUCCCUGGCUGUCCCUCCCUCCUGGUCCCUGGCUAUCCCUCCCUCCUGAUCCCUGGCUGUCCCUCCCUCCUGGUCCCUGGCUGUCCUUCCCUCCUGGUCCCUGGCUGUCCUUCCCUCCUGGUCCCUGGCUAUCCCUCCCUCCUGGUCCCUGGCUGUCCCUCCCUCCUGGUCCCUGGCUGUCCUUCCCUCCUGGUCCCUGGCUGUCCCUCCCUCCUGGUCCCUGGCUGUCCCUGGUCCCUGGCUAUCCCUCCCUCCUGGUCCCUGGCUAUCCCUCCCUAUGCUCCCAUAAUUACUCUCAUGAUCACCCUCACAGAUCUCCAUGAACAUGAAUCAUUCAUGUAAUUAAAAGAGCUAAAAGGUCAUGUCUGGAGUUCUGUCUGUCUGGGAGUUCUGUCUGUCUGGGGUUCUGUCUGUCUGGGGUUUCUGUCUGGAGUUUCUGGGUCUGGAGUUGGGAGCAGAGAGGCAGUCUGUCUCUGUAACCUAAUUACCAAUGUAGUAUUUAUCUGACACUUCUCCAAGCUUAUCUUUCACCUGCUUGGCUUUAUUAGGUGUCCUAGUUAGUCUGCUAAAGGGAUACAUGGAGGCAUUCGCUGUUGCACAAAUUACCCUGAAAUGAGUGUGUAGGCAUUUAUCAAAGGAACAGCAGGAUGUUGUGUGUGUGUGUGUGUGUGUGUGUGCGUGCGCGCGUGCGUGUGUGUGUGUGUGUGUGUGCGUGUGUGUGUGUGCUGUGUUUGUGUGUGUGUGUGUGUUCCUGUGUGUGUGUGUGCGUGUGUGUGUGCCUGUGUGUGGUGUGUGUGUGUGCCUGUGUGUGUGUGUGUGUGUGUGUGUGCGUGCUUGUGCCAGACAGGGGAACCUGACACUGUGUGUUUGUCCUAGACCCGUCAGGAGAGAGAAGUAAGAAGAUUCCAGACGCAGCAGGAGUGGAAACAUCACCUGCCAACACCACAGUAGCAGACUGCACAGCAGAGAGCAAGGCUGCCUCAGAGAUGGGUGGGUGGGAGGAGGAGGAGGUGGAGGUGGAGGAGGAGGAGGAGGAGGAGGUGGAGGAGGAGGAGGAGGAGGAGGAGGAGGAGGGAGGAGGAGGAGGAGGAGGAGGAGGAGGGAGGAAAGUAAUAGUAAAUAUGGUCAUGUUGUGUCUGUAGUUGUUUACUAUAACUAGGGCCCUGAGUUGUUCCUGACCAUGUGACUUGACCAGGAAAACUCUUGUUUCUAGUCAAAACAUAGAACCACAACCUAGAACCAGAAUUUUUCCUGGUCAGAUGACGUGGCCUGAAAAACUCCCAAACGCUUUAAUCAUAACACUGUUCUUCUCUUGUCUUCCAGGAUACGGUAACCGCUGCACACAACCCAAAGGCCCCAGGGACCCCCCUACACAGUGGACAUGAUCAUGGCUUCUACCUAUAGUCUCCUCUUGCUUUGCCAACGCCCCCUUCACUGCCCCCCUCCACCCUCCAAAUCCUCCUUUAUCCCCACCUUGUCUCUUUCAAGUGCCACUGUGUAUGAAGGAGAUGACUGGGUGCUGCCCCAUCCUUGGACACUGCCACCUUUUCCUAACUAACUAAUAGGGCAGAUCUGAAAUGGCACCCUAUUCCCUA